GGCGAAUAUGAAGAACUUAGAGCAGAAAAUAAGAAAACGAAAGAAGAGUGCGACAAAAUCAAGCAAGAACGAGAUGAGGCUGUCAAAAAACUGGAGGAGUUUCAGAAAAUUUCUCACAUGGUUAUUGAGGAAGUAAACUGUAUUCAGAACCAUCUUGAAAUUGAGAAGACGUGCCGUGAAAGUGCUGAGGCUUUGGCUUCUAAGCUGAACAAAGAAAAUAAGACCUUGAAAAGAAUUAGUAUGCUUUAUAUGGCAAAACUGGGCCCAGAAAUUAUCACUGAAGAGAUUAACAUUGAUGAGGACGAUUCAUCCACAGAUACAGAAGCUAACUCUGGAUCAUGCAAUUCUGUGCAUUGUCAGCAGCAAAUAAAAGAGCUGCGAGAUCAAAUCAUAUCUGUUCAUGAGGAAAAGAAGACCUUAGCCAUUGAACUGGAAAACCUGAGGUGCAAACUUGUAGAAGUAAUUGAAGAAGUGAAUAAAGUGAAAGAAGAAAAGGCUGCUUUGACAGCAGAAGUUAAUAAGCAGCAAAAACUGCUGGAGAAAUGUAACAGAGUGUCUGUUCUGGCAGUAGAGGAAUAUGAAGAGCUUCAUGUAAACUUUGAACUGGAAAAGAACCUGCGUAAGAAAGCAGAGUCGUUUGCACAAGAGAUGUUUAUUGAACAAAACAAGAUGAAAAGGCAAAGUCAGUUGCUUCUGCAAAAUUCUGCUCCUGAUCAACAGCUUUUGAAGGCUUUGGAUGACAAUGCUAAACUAACCCAUACAUUAGAAGAGGAGAGGCUUCAACACCAACAAAAGAUCAAAGAAUUGGAAGAGCAGCUAGAGAAUCAAGCACUGCAUAAGGAGAUUAGCCGUCUUAAACAGCAACUAGAACUUUUGGAAGAAGAUAAAAAGGAACUAGAGCUUAAGUGUCAGAACUCAGAAGAAAAAGCUAGAGACCUAAAGCAUUCAGUUGAUGAACUUCAAAAACGAAUACAGCAAUCUGAAAAUCCUGCGCCACCUCCUCCACCGCCACCACCGCCUCCUCUUCCUCCUCCCCCUCCUCCUAACCCUAUACGGUCUCUCAUGUCAAUGAUUCGCAAGAGAUCUCACUCCAACACCAACGUGAGCAAGAAGGAGAAACCUCCUCAGCAGGAGUCAGGUGAAGAAGUUACAGAUCUGAAGAGACAAGCUGUUGAAGAAAUGAUGGACAGAAUUAAAAAGGGAGUUCAUCUGAGACCAGUCAACCAGUCAAGCAGGCCUAAAACAAAGCCAGAAACACCAAAGCCCUCUGAAAGUGCAAUGAAAGAAUUAAAAGGGAUUCUG